AUGCCUCCCAAGCGGAAAGCGAUCAGCAACGUGCAGGGGGGGGCCAAAACCGGGCGGACAUCACGCAUGAGCACACCCGGACUUGCGACGCCUCGCAGCAUCGGUAGUAACGAUGAAAACGAGGAAGACGACGCACCGAUCGAUGAAGUUCUCGAGCGCGACAUCGACAAGAACAUAGACCGCUUCUCUCUUAAUCGAUACCAGAAGCGACACAACAUUAAAGACCCGAUUCCGCACAUCUUUGGUGACAAUGAUUACUCGUAUCUUGUCCUUAAAAAGGACCACCGAAAUAGACCUCUAUGGAUCGAUCCUCAAAAGGGUCGCAUCAUUCUGGAAAGCUUUAGCCCGUUGGCCGAGCAAGCGCAAGACUUCCUUGUUACUAUUUCCGAACCUUUGUCGCGACCGACCUUUAUGCACGAAUACGCCCUCACCAUGCACAGUCUGUACGCUGCUGUGUCUGUAGGCCUAUCUCCGACGGAUAUCAUCAAUACUCUCGAGAGAUUUCUCAAGACACCACUGCCCGACGAAAUUCGAGCGUUCAUCACCAGCUGCACACAAACCUACGGUAAAGUCAAGCUUGUGUUGAAAAAUACCAAGUAUUACGUCGAAAGUCCCGACCCGGCGAUGCUGCAAAUGCUACUGAAGAACCCUAAAAUCGGUCCGCUCCGUGUCCAGGGGACGGAGGAGAUUACAACCACGACAGCGCCCAAGAUUGGGGGGUUGGUAAUUCCCGGCACUAAGAAUGCAGCGGGCGUCAGACAGGCAAACACGAGCGAGAACGAACAACAAUCCGCGCACCAGGAAGUCAAAUCAAGGCUGGACGACGACGAUGACGACGACCAAGAAGUAACGCACGCUUUUGAAAUCGCAGAUAAGGACGUUGAGACAGUGCAGAAGGAAUGCCUCAACCUGGGUUAUCCGGUUCUUGAAGAAUACGACUUUCGACGCGAUGAGGCAAACCCUAAUCUCGAUAUCGAUCUCCGACCCGGUACUCAAAUUCGACCUUACCAAGAAAAAAGCUUAAGCAAGAUGUUUGGUAACGGCAGAGCCAAGAGUGGUCUCAUCGUUCUGCCGUGUGGUGCCGGCAAGACCUUGGUCGGCAUUACAGCUGCGUGUACCAUCCAGAAGGGAGUGAUUGUGCUUUGCACCAGCUCCAUGUCGGUUGUGCAGUGGCGAAACGAAUUCUUGAAGUGGUCUAACAUCAACCCUGAUGAUAUUGUGGCUUUCACAUCUGAUUCGAAGGGCUCCGUCUUCACUGGCAGUACUGGUAUUAUUGUCACUACGUACUCUAUGGUCACACAAUCGCGAGCGCGUUCCUAUGAUGCGGAAAAGAUGAUGAAGUUUCUUACUGGAAGAGAAUGGGGCCUUAUGUUGCUCGACGAAGUGCACGUCGUGCCAGCAAACAUCUUUCGAAGGGUUACUUCUUCCAUUAAGACACAUUCCAAGCUCGGCUUAACUGCCACGUUGCUUCGAGAGGAUGACAAGAUCUCGGAUCUCAACUUCCUCAUUGGCCCGAAGCUUUUUGAAGCAAACUGGAUGGAGCUCUCAAAGCAAGGGCAUAUUGCUCGCGUGCAGUGUGCGGAGGUCUGGUGCGCAAUGCCGACCGAGUUCUAUGACGAAUAUCUUCGUGCACCAUCCCGCAAGAAGAACUUGCUCUACAUUAUGAACCCGCGCAAAUUCCAGGCCUGCCAAUACCUUAUAAACUACCAUGAGUCCCGUGGAGAUAAGAUUAUUGUCUUUUCUGACAAUGUAUAUGCUCUCAAGGCUUACGCACUCAAGCUUGGCAAAGCCUUCAUCUACGGCGGCACAGGACAAGCGGAGCGACUCAAGGUAUUGGAAAAUUUUCAACAUAAUCCGCUGGUGAACACGCUUUUUCUAUCAAAGAUUGGCGAUACCUCUCUCGACUUGCCCGAAGCCACAUGCCUUAUCCAAAUUUCAUCGCAUUACGGUUCUCGACGUCAAGAGGCGCAGCGCCUUGGGCGAAUUCUACGAGCCAAAAGACGCAACGACGAGGGCUUCAAUGCAUUUUUCUAUUCGCUGGUCUCUAAAGAUACACAAGAAAUGUACUUUUCGUCAAAGAGGCAGGCUUUCCUCGUCGAUCAGGGCUAUGCGUUCAAAGUCAUUACCCAGCUAGCAAACAUAGAACAGACGCCGGGACUGGCGUUUGCAACCGCCUCGGAGCGUCGAGAGUUGCUACAGAAAGUGCUGGUCGAGAACGAGGGCGCCGAAGAUGAGGACAUUACAGAUGAUUUGUUUCAUAGCGGCAACAUGGGACGGGCUAAGAAGAAGGUCCGGCGAACUGCAGGCACGCUGGGCGAGCUUAGCGGUGGCCAGGACAUGGCCUACAUUGAGCAGAACAAGAAGGUCAACCAAGGCCUCAAGAAGAAGGGCAAAAAGGAGAGCAAUGCCUUCUUCAAAAAGAUCAACAGAGAGAAUGCUCGCCGUGCCGCCGGGGAAUAA